AUGUCUCUCCCUUCUGUUGGCGUAAUUAGCAAAUGGAGUCAGAAGGAGGUUAUUACUUUUCUAGAGUCUAAAAAAGAUGAACUAUUUCUUCUUGAUGACGACAUCGAUGUGAUCAAAAAGAAUAGAGUUGUGGGUUUUUCGUUUCUCAGGAUAAAUACAGAAGACCUCGAAAGGUGGGGAAUGCCUGGAGGACCGGCAAAGGCAAUAGCAGAGCUAAUCAAAGAAAUUAAAAGCGAAGAACGAGAAGUUGUUACCAAGAAACGCCGUGUUGAUUUUUGGGUGGAAUAUACCGCCACUGAUGGACUCGUGAGCAUCCCACCGACUUUAUUUACCAUUCUUACUAGUGAAAACUUCAAACCCGCUCCACGCAGUGAAUUUAAGCGAAAAGUAGGCCAUGUACAACUAGGUCAGGCCAUUUCAUUACCUUCAUUUGGUCAAAUUCCGAAGAAUUAUGGAAUGAAUUAUCAAGGGGAUUCACUUUUAGUUACCGAGCAAAUGAUCAAAAUAUGGCACGAGAUUUCAAUCGAAAGUAGUUUUUCAAUCAAAAGAAUUCUAUCAGGACCGAUUGGUAUUGGCAAGUCAUAUCUUGCACUGUUUCUUGCUGCAAAAGCAUAUGCUGAGGGGUGGCCUUUACUCUACAUUUCAAAUGCAAGUGUAUUAAAUAAGUCGGUUGAUUAUGUCAUAGCGGAAGAAAUAGUCGUGCGCUUCCUAGCCCUUAACAAGGAUAUUCUGACGGUAGAUAACUUUAAACGAUUGAUAUUUCCACUAGGCCCAUCAAGCUAUUUUGAUGAUAAAGAAAUGUUGUGCGUUGUUACUGAAAACAUAAUGGGACAUCUGCUCAAGCAAUCUAAACAAAAAACUCUACUUGUUGUGGAUGAGCAUGGCUCACUCUUUGAAUCCAAUCCUCCGACACCCCAACGCCAAAUGAUUCUUAGCCCUUUGAUGCAACUUGAUGCAUGGAAUGACGAAAUGAAAGGGUGUUGUGUUAUUUUAUCAGGUACGGCGCAUGCAAAAUAUGAGAGAGAAUACAUCAGAGAUGACUUGUCGGAAAGGCUGAUUUUUAUUACUCCUCUGUCUGAUAAUAUUUUUGAAAAACUAUUGAGUAUGAAUGAUAUUCUUAAAUCAUUAAGUCCAGAAAUCAGGAAUAUAAUUAAGGAAAUCACGAAUAAUGUUCCGCGUGAGUUGUUAAAUAUGGUAAAAUUUGUCAGCGAUGAAUUAUUUGCCGUAAGAUCACCUAUAACAGAAACAGGCUUAGUUGAACUAUUCAACAAAUAUGCAAGCGUUCAGCGAGUGGAGUACUACGCGCUUGCUCAGAAAUUUUUUCACAAUAGUCUCAAUAAUACUCAACGAUACGCCCAGCGUCGUGCUCUUGCGACGAUGUUUCUUCCCCGAAAACAUGAUGAUAUGGAAUCAACCUGUCAAGCAUUAGUCUAUCAGUUAAUAGACCUUGGAUUAGUUUAUCGGUCCAAGAAGGGCGCCUUACAAUAUCAUCCUUUAUCACAGCCUGCUACAGAUGCCCUCUUAGAGAUUUAUAUGUCGAUGCCACUUCCUCGAGAUAUAGCUAGUUCGAUUAUCAAUGGAAAUAUGACUAGCCUAGUGUUUGAGGACGUUCUUUUUCAGGAACUUUUACGUCGCAAAGAUGUGACCUUCCGGGCGACAGACCUUUCUGGGAAUAAUGUAACAUCAUUGCGUAUUGUUUUUAAGCAUUUCAGGUUCCUCCGGGAACCUCCUUCUCCAAAUGUUGAUGAUACUCUCUUACGGUGUUACCGGGGGUACCCUCUAUUCGAUUUUAUUCUUGGGCAUAUGUUUAUACAAAUAUCUAUAAGCAAUUUUGCCGUGCAUGUUAAAAAUUUGGUUGAUAUUAAAAGAGCAUUUGAGUAUCCUAGUAGUUCAUAUAAUUUACGUUCUUUUGAUCAAAGAAAUCUGAUUGAGAAAUAUCUAGACGGCGCAUUUGGUGGAAUACAUGAGGCUAAGAUUGAUCCUCGGUCAAGGAAGUUUAUUGUCACUCAAAAUGGUCAACCUGUACAUGAUUUUCGAAUUGUAUAUAUUUGCGGUAGCCCUGGCGGUCCAAAUCACACGAAUGAAGUCAAAGAGUUUCCUGAAAUAUUGCACAUUAGUUUUGAAGAACUUAGGAAGAAUUUAUUUGAAGACUUGAUGAUAGAAUAA